CUGGUAUUCACAAUUUUUUUUAAUUCCUCCAUCCAUCCAACAUUCACUGAGCACUGGGCUAGGGCCAGGCAUUGUGCUUAGCAUUUGGAAAUUCAGACACACUAAAAUAUACAAACAAGUAGGUGAGACAGAUCAAUAAACCCAUUACAAUAAGUUUCCUGCCAGAGCAAUGUUCAAAGUACAGAAACAACUUGGAGAGAGGAGUGUCGACUACUCCCAGAGAUACUGGAAAGGUAUUAUGGAAAAGCUCGAGCUGCUUAUCUUGUUUUUUUUUUUUUACUUACUACAUUUUAUAACAUACACAAAAAUAGAGAGACUAGUACAACAAAGCUCCAUGCACCCAUAAUCUGGCUUUAACAAUUAGUAACCACUUCUGAUUCAUCUAUACCCCCAACCGCUUCCCUUUAUCCCUUCCUUUUGUUUUGAAGCCAAUCCUAGACAUUUUUAUCAUUUUACCCAUACUGAGCUGCAUUUGAAGAAGGAACUGGAAGUGUCUGGACCUUCCACUAGUAACAUCUUUCUCUCCAUCUAUUCUUCUGCCAGUGACACUACCAGAGUUAACUACUCUCAUUCCUGCCAGUGACUCCAAAGCCUUGGGUAGUUCAGGAUCAAGACCUAAGACUUCAUUGGAGCCUUGGGUGAAGGAAAAGACUGAGCUGAUCUAGUGAAAACACCAUCCUGCCUUAUCUGGAAUGCUGACCACAUUCUUCUGGUCCUUGGUCCUCAUAAAAUUGCCAAUGCUUUAGAACCUUAUUGAGUACAUUACAAAAUGGUGGCUAUAUUUCACAUUCCCACGUGCCCUGAGCAACCUCUGGGGCAACCUCAAACGUCUAGGGCUUGCCCUGCAGGCAGAGCUGACCCAGAGUCACUUUCCGUCAAAACUGAACAUCUGGCUUCUCUAGCUUCCUUCCAUCCCUUCAGCGUUUCCUGUCUCUCGCUAAACGGUAUCAAAAUCCCCGCAGUUAAUUACUCAACGUUAUCCUGGACUCCCCUCCCUCACAAUUCUGUCUAGUCUUUUAGAGCUAUCCACUAUUGUCCACCUCUAUCAUCCCCCUUCCACCCAGACCACCAUUCCCUUCCCUCAAGUACUGCAAUAUUUCAGCAUCAUUCUGCCUUUAGCACCCCCGCCCCAACCCCAUUCUCCAGGCAGCAGCUGAGUGAUCGUUAGAAAAACCCCUGCUCAAGCCCCUUCAUGGUUCAGAACACCUACAGGAAGCAAGACCAACCUCCUUCCUACAGCCAAGGAGACCCUGCAAGAUGUAAGACCUGCCGCUUCCUUCUCCUGCUUCAUCUGCGACACCUCUCUAGGCCGCAACCAAAACGCUCUUUUCAGGGCCUGUUUCUUAGAGUCUCUGUGCUCUUGCCUGGGAAACCGUUUUUCUCUCAUACAUAACGAAAGCUACACCUACUGCGCCCUUGCUUACAUGCGUUAUCGCACAUUAGCCCACAGCCUGUCAUCUUCAUUUUGCAGGAGAAAUUGAGGAUGGGCACCUUACCCAUGAUCACACAGCUAGCGAGUGGAAGAGCCGAGACUCGAGGCUACAGAGGCUACCGGCUUACCCACAAAGUCCUAGUCUGCCCGCACACCCCUCCAACGCCGCAGAGAUCACUCUUAGCUGGCGACAGCCCCUGGCUGCGCGGGGGUGAGGACCGGAGGGUCCCACGGAGGAACGAGGCUUCUGAUUGGCCGCCUCCGGCGACGGCGGGCGAGAAGGAGGGAGCGAGGGCGUGGGGGCGUCGCGGAGAAAUGACGCAAUGCAGCGGCUCCUUAAAGGCACCGGCUCCUCGAGCUACGGAUGGCGCAGGCGCGUUCAGGGGGCUCCCGCUUGUUCAUCGAGUGCUCUGAGCCGGGCCAAGCGGGUGCGCGCGCGCGCGGGCAGUGCAGACGGGGCGCGCGCCGGACGUGGACAGUUCCAGGGGUCCUGCCGGUCAGUGUCGGGAGCGGGACGGGCCCGCUGACUAGCGGGCGCCGCGAUGGCCGAGAGCAGCGCCGUGUCCGACCCUCAGCACGCCGCGCGCUUGCUGCGAGCGCUCAGCUCGUUCCGCGAGGAGUCCCGCUUCUGCGACGCGCACCUGGUCCUCGACGGUGAGGAGAUCCCUGUGCAGAAGAACAUCCUGGCGGCGGCCAGUCCGUACAUCAGGACAAAGUUAAACUAUAAUCCUCCAAAAGAUGAUGGAUCAACCUAUAAGAUUGAACUUGAAGGGAUAUCGGUAAUGGUUAUGAGAGAGAUCCUGGAUUACAUCUUCAGUGGGCAGAUCCGGCUAAACGAAGAUACUAUCCAAGAUGUUGUACAGGCAGCGGACCUGCUCCUGCUGACGGAUCUUAAAACUCUGUGCUGUGAGUUCUUAGAAGGCUGCAUUGCUGCUGAGAACUGCAUUGGGAUCCGUGACUUUGCACUUCAUUACUGCCUGCACCACGUCCACUACCUUGCCACGGAAUACCUGGAGACUCACUUCCGAGAUGUCAGCAGCACAGAAGAAUUUCUAGAACUGAGUCCUCAGAAGCUGAAAGAAGUGAUUUCUCUUGAGAAGUUAAACGUUGGCAAUGAAAGAUAUGUAUUUGAGGCAGUAAUUCGAUGGAUAGCACAUGAUACAGAAAUGAGAAAGGUCCACAUGAAGGAUGUUAUGUCAGCACUGUGGGUUUCAGGGUUAGACUCCAGCUACUUACGGGAACAGAUGCUGAAUGAACCAUUAGUACGAGAAAUUGUCAAAGAGUGCAGCAACAUACCACUGAGCCAGCCACAGCAAGGAGAGGCAAUGCUAGCAAAUUUCAAGCCCCGGGGCUACUCUGAAUGCAUUGUGACUGUUGGUGGAGAAGAAAGAGUUUCACGGAAACCAACAGCAGCGAUGCGAUGUAUGUGCCCUCUCUAUGAUCCUAAUAGGCAGCUUUGGAUUGAACUGGCCCCUUUAAGCAUGCCAAGAAUUAAUCACGGAGUUCUCUCAGCAGAAGGAUUUUUGUUUGUAUUUGGGGGUCAAGAUGAAAAUAAACAGACCCUGAACUCAGGAGAAAAGUAUGACCCAGAUGCGAAUUCAUGGACUGCAUUGCCACCAAUGAACGAGGCAAGACAUAACUUUGGAAUCGUCGAGAUAGAUGGAAUGCUGUACAUUUUAGGAGGAGAGGAUGGUGAAAAGGAGCUGAUUUCCAUGGAGUGUUAUGAUAUUUAUUCUAAAACCUGGACAAAACAACCUGAUUUAACCAUGGUUAGAAAGAUUGGCUGCUAUGCAGCUAUGAAAAAGAAAAUCUAUGCCAUGGGUGGAGGAUCAUAUGGAAAACUGUUUGAAUCUGUGGAAUGUUAUGACCCAAGGACCCAGCAAUGGACUGCUAUAUGUCCAUUAAAAGAGAGAAGAUUUGGAGCGGUAGCCUGCGGAGUUGCCAUGGAACUGUAUGUAUUUGGGGGAGUCAGAAGUCGCGAGGAUAUCCAGGGUAGUGAGAUGGUAACUUGCAAGUCUGAAUUCUACCAUGAUGAGUUUAAAAGAUGGAUCUAUCUUAAUGACCAGAAUUUAUGCAUCCCCGCCAGUUCAUCUUUCGUUUAUGGAGCUGUACCCAUAGGAGCCAGUAUUUAUGUUAUCGGAGACCUUGAUACAGGUACCAAUUACGAUUACGUGCGUGAGUUUAAAAGAAGCACAGGCACCUGGCACCACACUAAACCACUCCUUCCAUCUGACCUUCGCCGCACCGGGUGUGCAGCCCUACGUAUUGCAAAUUGCAAGCUUUUCCGCCUGCAGCUUCAGCAAGGCUUAUUCCGUAUCCGUGUUCAUUCACCUUGAAGAGGAAGCAGAGUAGAAGCAGAGCUCCUGACCAAGUGCACCGUGACAUGGCUUUGCGUGAGGGGAACAGAGAUGGCAGCGAAUCUUGCUCUGCGUGCCAGGCUUCGUAUGGUAACUCUAGUGGCUUUCUAAGGCUUAGAAGCCUGAGCUUCGGCUCUUGUUUGGGAGAGCACGUAACUGUUGAAAAACUACCUAGGAGGAAUCAGUCCUCCAGUUAGUGUCUAUAGACAAAUGGAGGCUAGUGAAUGUCCAAAGGAAGAGGGAAAUGGGAAUCGGUAUAAUGUAAAAUCCUGAAGUUAAAAUACUAAGGUGCAUUUUCCCUGAAGGGAACUCGUAUCUGACUGCUGUGUACCUGGCAUUGGUAAACAAACAAAAAUCCAUAUAUGCAAAUCAACAUAUCUGAACAUACCAAGACUGCUUUUCUACUGCACUUGGGAGGACAUAUGCCUAACCCUGCCCAAAAAUUAAGGUUUGUGCCUAAAAUGUUAGAUUGGACUGUAUGCCAGCUAGUCUCCAGUUACUCCUAGUACUUUGUGCUGAGAAUCUUUUUUAAACUGUAUUAUGAUGAAACUAAGAUAAAAUUUCUCUUUGAUGACAUUCUAUCUUAGUAAAGACUCAAUAAAUUCAUGAGUCAGGUUGCAGCCCUCAUGUGAAUUUAAAGGAAGUUGCUAACUUCUACGUUAAUUUAGAUUAAGGUACGUCAUGCCGUAAUUUCUGGAGUAGUACUCUUGGAGUUGUGAAGGAUCUCAUGCAGUGCCACUCUUCCUUUCCAAUUAAUCAACACCAUUUUAUAAAUAUGAGGAUAUUAGCAAGUAGGAGAUUUUAUAAAAGAAAGACCUGAGUCAGGCAAAUAAUAAAGGUCUGCAGUGACUUAAACAAACAAAAAAAGUCCAGAUAAAAUACAAAGGGAUCAAAAACUUUUUUAAAUAAUCUGUCUGAAAGCACACAAAGUCUUGUUUACUACUGUUUAGGAUUUGAAAACUUGUCUUAGAAUGCAAACAUGUUAAGAAUCUAGUCUUUGUAGUAGAAUUUUCUCAAUGCCGUUCACUAGUAAGAGUUUAGACAAAUUACGUUACAAGUAAAGUUUGGCUGGUAGAAUCAACUACCUCAGCUUAAUUUUAUUCUGUUCAUAGUACAGCAAAUUAAUCUUUUCCUUCUUUCCUAUCUUUCACUUCCAUGCCAACCCACUCUAUUCCACUAACCAUUGGGAGAAAAACAUCUGUCAUUAGUAGCAUUUAUCUUGUAAGAUAUUUUGUUUUCCAUUCAAAUUAUACUAUCUUAGUGUAAAAUUAGGGACUUCAAAGUGCUUGAUUACUUCAUAAUUUGAAUUUUAUGCAAUAUCAGAUUUCUAAUCAAUUUAAUAUAGAAGUCUUCAUUUUUAAUUAUUUUCUACAGCUUUUUUCCUCUUAGAAUAUGGCUCUAAGAAGCAGCAUUUUGUCUUAAUGAUUAAUGUAUAAAUGUAUCCUUUGGUUGUAAAUUUGAGACCAGGAAUUUCUUCUAGAAACUUCCUAUAUGGAAUGUUUAUAUGCUAUUAGCAUGCAUAUGAAAUGUCGCUUAUGUUUUCCCACCAUGAACAGAAAAAGGGGUGAGCGGUGUUUUGUUUGGUUUUUCUUUUUUACACCCAUCAGAAGUCUACACAAUGCUAUAAAAGUUGCUGAAAGGAGCCUUACCCGUGGGGUUUCUAAAGAAUGUUAUGUGUGGUACAUUCACUCUUCAUUCUGGCAGAAGAGUUUGGUAACAGAGGUCUGAGGUUUUUAUCUUCUUUAUCAGAGACUCUAGGCCAGACUUGCCACACAUUCAUGUAACACAAUCAAAUUCGAUUUGUAAAUCAUGACUGGCCCUCUUUUUUUUUUUUUUUUUUGUAUCUUGUACCAGUCAGCCGUUAUCUGCACACUUUGCCAGUGACAUUUUGACUGUCUUUUAAUCAAAGCAAGCUACAUGGCCAUUGCAAAGAAAGAAAACUUUCUCUUUAUAAUUAGACAUGAGAAAACAAAUUGCUGAAAAAGUGAAUUUUCUUUGGUAAAAUACCUUGUGCAGAACACAACCUCAGCAUUCAGAAGCUGUAGUUGAAGUACUUCAAGUAGUAAUUAAUGUCUUAUUAAAGCCAUGACAAUCAGCGAUUCUCUUUUUUUUUUUUUAAUUGAAGUUUAAAAUUCUUCCCAGUCUAUGCCAGGCCUUUCCAAGGAGACAAUUUUUUGUUUAGGAGUGAAUGGGUCCCUAUUGCAAUAUUAUCAGUGCCUGUAUGACUUGAUCAAUUCAUUUUAGAAAGUAGUGUUUUUAUUUUGUUUUUUGAUUUUUUUGUUUUAAAUUAAGUUUAUUGACACAGUAGCUGCAGAAAUUAGGGAAUUUUUUAAAAAUUUGCCACAUAAUAUGGGAUGCAAUAACCAACAAAAGCUACUAAGUGCCAAACUGUUAUUUUACUAUAUAUAAAUAUAAAAAUAUUACGUUGAAGUGUAGGGAUGUAUUUAAUUUUAUUGUGUUCCAAAAUUAGUCAUGACCUUUUUUGUAAAUUGCAGUUAUUUCAGUAUUGUGAAAUAAAUUUUAACUCAUUUCAUGCAGGUUUGUGUUUUAACAUUCCACUUUAUGCCUUGAAACAUCUUUUCUUGAUGAAUUUUUGAUACUUCUUUUUCCAUAAGGCACUUUUACCAGGUGUAUGUUGGAAUUGGCCGCUGAGGAUAGAUCUUAAAAUUUUUAAUAUAAUAUCUUUUGGGGAAGUGCAAUUUAUUUUCCUUAUCCCACCAACAGAAGGAAAGUCGUCUCAGGUUAGAGUAAGUGAAUAAUUAAAGAAUCUCUCCUAUGCUACAAUCUAAAGUAGGUUUGUUUGUUUCUCUGUUUAACACAUCCAAAUGUAGAUUUUUCAAAGAUUUAAGUGUUUAAAAUGAAGUUUUUUGUUCUUUCGUGAUCAUGCUUACAUUCUGUGAGAGGAAAAAGCAAGAGAUGAGAGAGAGAAGGAGAGAGAGACAGAGAGUUAGUUUUACGUGACUUGGUAAAUCUGUCUGUAUAUGUUUACUUUUUGAAUUGUAGUUCCAAACUACAUAUAUUACUGUCUCCUGGUGCUUCAGAUAAAUUCUUGAGCCUGUGGCCCUUCAGUUUAUACUACUGUGUUAAACUCAUGUUGAGUGUAAAUAUUGAUAUAUUCGUAGUUUGUAGUAAGUUUUACUUGGCGUUUGCAUUUCUUUUUUGGAGUGGGAUUAGGAACAAUGUUUACCAACUAGUAGUUGGUAUGCUGUAAAGAUUUGGCCUAAGAAACUUCUAAAUUCAUUGUUUAUUUCAUUAAUUUAUAAUUUCAUUGCUGUGGGGAGUUGAUAGCUAACAGUAGGCUUUUUUCAAACUGUAGCAACCAAAAAAGAACAUUUGGGGGUGUUGGACGCUAUGUUGUUUGUAUUGAAGGGUUCUCUUAUAUUGCACUACCGCUUUAAUGAUGGCACUUUCUUCAGUGGUGCUUUAGAAGUGCCUUUUUUUAUCCUUUGUAAGUGGGGAGGGGGUUCCCGAGGCAAUGUGCAGGAAAUACAUUCUUUAUAUUGACAUGGUAAAGAUAAGGCAGCCUUCACUGUGGCAUCUCAGUUACUCGUGGCAGUAAGUGAGGUCUUUAGAGAAAUGUGUUAGCUGCCUUGGUCCAUUGGCGUUCCAUUUGGUUCCUACUUCAGUGUACCAAACCAGGGAUCCCAAAAUGUUUUCCAAGGAGCGCUAAAACCACCACUGCUGUAUUACCUUCCAGAAUGUUGGCUUUCUUUAUUUAAGAGGAGGCCUCUGUGGUCAGAUGAAGACAUUUGAUUAUCUGGGGGAAAGAAUGAGGUGGCACUUUCACUGCAUCGAUUUAAAAAGUGCUGAAAUCCCCUUAAAAAGCACCCGGUGGAAGGGAACGGGGAAGCUACCCUUCAGUGGCUGCCCCUUGGGCCUGUGAGCCUUGGGGAAGUCAAUGAGAGAGGAGACUCUGGUGCAGAAAAGCCUGCCCUGGGUUUAAUCAACAAAUGUUUAUUGAGUGCCUGCUAAGAAUUCUGCUUGGAUUUCUGGGGAACUGAACAGUGAGGCAGAUGUACUACUGCCUUCCUCCUAGGUUGUAAACUCCUUGUGGGCAGGGGGCCCACCUUAGUCAUUCUCUGAUCUCAGUGCUUAGCACACAGUAAGCAGUCAGUACAUGUUUGACCAAUGAAUAUAGUAUGCUUGUGAUCCAAGUGACGUUCUUCACAGGACUGAAAAGUACUCUCUGGGAGUGACUUAUUUUGCUGGCUUUUUAAAUGAGAGACUUUGUACACAAAUGGGCUGGCCUCGUAAUAGAGUGGGAAACUAGCUAGCACAGAAUGAGAAAUGCAAGUGCCUGACAUAGGUGACAUACAACUCUGUGGUCUCCAUAUGUCCUGUAGGAUUGUUGAGACCCUGUGCUUAGCACACCUACUAACGUUUGUCACAUUUACUGGUGGGUUUUAUUUAUCGCUUUUUAUACGGGGCUCAAAAUCUUUUCCAGAAUGUACUGCUUUGAUCCUCACAUCUCUGUGACGGUGCAGCACUCUCCACUAGACAGGUAGCAGUGUGAGGCCCGGGAGAUGCAGAUUCAUUCCCCACUGCAGAUGGGAAUGGAAACCAAAAGCAGAAUCCAGGCCUUUGGAUUAUCACUUCACCAUUCAGCCUAUUAGACUAUCACUUUAUUUCCUAGGCAUACAAGGAGUUUUAUAAUCAUAUCAGUCAUUGUGGUAUAACUUAAACCCCCAAACAUAUUUUUUUGCAAGUUGCGCAGACGUAAGCUGAAAGAUCUUUGGUUUUCUUUGUCAGUUAACUAUAGGAAAUUUCAGAAUUUACUAGGAUUGUAAGAACAGGAGUAGUAUUUGUUUUUGAAAGCAGCUGUUUUUACUUUAAAGGGCUAAAGCUUCAUUUAUAUUAGGUUGGUGCAAAAGUAAUUGCGGUUUAAAAGGUUAAAAACAAUUACAAAAACCACAGUUGCUUUUGCACCAACCUAAUACUUCCCUUUCUUGCCACAUGUAAUCAGUAGGGGAAAGAAAUUGUGUCUUAGAAUGAUGAGGAAAGUAUUUUGCUAGCUUUUUAAUAAUCCCUGGAGUAGUCUUUGCAGCGGUUCAGAAAUUAUAGAAAUUUAUGGUAUAAAGGUGAGGAAUGACCCCCUUGCCCAUAUUUGAGAAAACCAUGAAUUUAGCUUAAGAGUUUGUCCUGCCUGCUGGCAGUGAAGUCUCAAUAGUGAGUAUUGAGCUAUAGACUUUUUCUAAUUUUUUGUUGUUGCUGUUGGCAAGCCAGCUGAUAACUUUUAAAAUUGCUCGUAUAUUUUUCAGAAGGAAGUCUGUUGUUAUUUUCAUUUUAAACAUAUCAACUUUGUCUCAUUGCAAAAGUUCCAUGUAUGUGACAUCUGAAGAGCUCAGUUAUGACUAUAUUGUGUGGUCCGAUAUAUACAGUUGAGGGAAGUUUUUCUUUUUUAAUUCUAUCAUUGAAGUUCUCUAAGUGAUUGCAUUUUUAAACUCCUUCCCUUUCAAAUAUCUAAUAACAGAAUCUUAGAUAGUUAAAUAUCUACAACAAUGUUACAUAAUUAUCUAGUGAGAAAUGUCUGUUGCCUUCUCUUUUUUAUUUUGAGAUUAAAAACUAAUCUUUAAAUUGCUACUCAGCUGAAAUUUGAGCUAAUUAUAAUUUUGAUAUUAAUGUCCUCAUGGCCCAUAAAAGUUGUUGUAAAUUCUUAAAUCACUGUGACGUGAAUUAGACAAGCUACGAGUAGGAGGAGGAUGGCAGCCUGCAGAGUCUGGCACAUACUGCAUCAGAUGAAAUGGAAGAAGAUGAGCCAGUCAAUAGGACCCGUGUAAAUAAAUAGUCACUUCAAGUAAUUCAGACCCCCCAAGUCCACGUAGGUUCAUCUUGCUUUCUGGUUGGUGAAUUAUGUUUAUUAGAACUUUCUUUUUAGCAUUUCAGUGCAAAUCAUAGGUUUUUAAGUACCUUAUUCUUAUUGUUCUUAUUCAGCAAUUUCAAGUAAACUGUACCUUCGAACCUUGGGUUAUAUUUUUUCAAGUUAAACCAGUGAACUUAGUUUAAAUAUGACUAUACGUAACUUGCUUUAUCAUGUUUCCUGUUUAAUUGGAUGAGAACUACAUGCACUUAUUCCCUUGUUCUUUGUGUUUAUAGGAAAAACUCUGUUCUCAGCUACCUCAUUAUGUAGUGUUGUGCUUGAUCCCCUGCCAAUUUAGAAGAAUUCAACACAUUCUGUCCUUUAACAAAAGCCUGGAAGCAAGCAGUAAGCGGCCUUGAGGAAUACAAUUCUCUAAGGCAUAUUUUCCUUUUUUUUUUUUUUUAAAUAGGCACUUUUAAUCAGGAGGAACAAUAAUUCUCCUAGAGCUGCUGCAAAGUGAUUACUUGAAACUCAACUUGAACUUUAAAGAGUCUUUAAAAGACUAUGUUUUCAUAACGUAGAAAAGUAGUAUAUUUAAACACCACUGCUGUGUAAAACAGAAAGCGUAAUUUCCAUCCUUGUUGGGAUCAGACAGGAAAUUUGUCUAUCUGUAGUUUGACCCAGUGUUAGGAAUUUAGAUGCUUGGGGAUACUAUUUUUGAUUUUCUAUAAGGUGCUAUCGUGAACACUUUAAGGAUCUAUUAAGUGUAUUUUCAUGAAUUUGUUGCCCAAGAAUCUUUCGUUUUGAUGAAAAUAUAGGUUCAUUACUAGAUUCUUCUUCUCUUUUAGUUCUGAUGACUUGGGAUUUUAAAGUGAAACCCUGGAAAUGUUUCCUAAGUGCAGAAUUGAGGUUGGCUGAACACCUAGAAUUGCAUUAUACUUAAAAUCGUGCGUAAUCAGGUUUGUUCUGAGCGUCAGUGGAAUGUUCCACCUUGCUCAUUUCCUGUAUGUGCCUUCCCCACAUGGCACAUGUUGGGCUCUGCCUGCCCAACUUACCUGGCCUGUAAGUUGGGGGGAGCUGUGAAGCCCAUCAGUUCUUGUAGACAGACCUUCCCUUCCAGUGAUUUCUUAUAGGAAUUACUCACUAUCCCUAGUACCCAGAAGAGUCACACCCAUUGCUAAAAACCUAGCCUACUAGGAAUAACUUACAUACGUACCCGGUAAAACCUAAAAACGUAACCGUGUUUAUGCGUUCAUCAGAUUUAGUUUUCCUACGUGUGCUUUUUAGAGGGCUUUUGCGAGGGCCUGCUCCUGACAGUAGAAUGGCAGAGUUUUUCCUCAGAUGGCAGCAGGUCAGCACCAUGUGGGUUUGGCAGCAGGCCCUGAAACAUUUCCUUAAGUGGUUUCCAAGAGAACCCAGGCCUACCCCUUUAAAGUCCCAAACCGUAUUUUAAUUAUUUUGAGGAAAACAUCUGUAAACAUUUGAUGUCCUUUCCCGAGCAAACCUAGUGGUUAUGAACAUGUGUGGGCUUGUGCCAGGCAUAUGUGGGUGUGAAGAUUUCCACCGCUGACGGUUUUGUGACCUUCAGAAGCCCUUUAACCCUGAAGCUGGGUUUCCUACCUGCGGAAGUGGGAUAACAAGUAUUCUCCUCUUAGCGCUGCUGUGAGAAUUCAGUGAAGUGAUGCAGGUGAGAGCUCGGGCUGGUUGGUGCCUAGCACACAAAUGGUGGCGCUGCUUAUCACCAGGGCUGUCAAUUGCCAUUCGUCUCAGCCUCUAGUCACUGGUUAUGUCAGCUACUGGGGGGCGGGGCUGCCCCGCACUCAAUAUCCCCGGCCUUAGUGCUUUCUUCUUUCUCAUGUCUGCUGCCACAUGAUAGACAAGUAAAUGUAUGUUUGUGUAAAUGAGAUUACUUUCUAGACCCACGCUACCACUCUCCUUCUACUUCCCUAAUAUUUAAAUUUGAUUCUAGAUAGCUGAAACUACCCAAAUAUGUGUUUAGAAUAUUUAGAGUUGUUACGAAUAACCCUCAAUUCAGAAUUUGCCUAAUGAAGUCCUCUACUAGUACUUAAAACUCUUUACCAAAGUUACUUUUUUCUUUUUUCCCCAAAUUCUCAAAAGUAAUAGACUAUAGUACUGGUCAAAUAAACAGGAUAUUUUCUAGACCCCUGUUUGAGAUCAGUAGACCUAAACUGUGCUUUCUUAACUUGGAUGUGAUGUGAAGUGAAACUUAAAAACAAGCCAACAAACAAAAUUUUGUGUUACCAGUAUGUGUGUGUGUGUGUGUGUGUGUGUGUGUGUGUGUGGAACUUUUGUACCUUCAAAUAAAGAAGGGUUAUUUAACAAAGUGAUACAAAAGUGAGCUACUUAAUUUUUUUGUACUACCACUUCCUUUCCAGUUCAGGUUAUGGGACUGGUCGAUUCAUCAGUAUGUGAUGUAUCCAGCUUAUCUUGAUUUCAGUAAGACAUUUGUUUUUGAUAAAGUCUUUCUUGAUAUCUUUGUGAAUUAGGAAAGGAAGUAGAAAUAGUGUUGAAAGGGCUGAGAAGUAGACUGAAUAUCCACACGAAGACGGUGUUGAUAAGAAUGGAUCCUUGUGGACGUGGACUGAGGUACUCCAACAGUGUCCGAUUUCAACAUUUUUAUUAGUCACUUGUAUAAAAAAAUAAAAGGCAGUAAAAAGGGAUUAAGUGUUGGGUAUCAGGGUCUGCAGUGCUCUUUACAGUCAAAUAAAAUGACUAAAUAUAAAGUCUCUGUCUAGGUUCAGGAAAGAUAGUUCCUAAUUGAAAAAGAAAAGGGGCAGGGAGUCAUUGAUAAUUUGAACAUACGCCAACUGUUUAAAAAAAUACCAGCACGUGUCUGUGUGGAGGGCUGCUCGCUAGAAAAGGAAGUCUGUCCUGCUACUUCCAUCCGUGCAUGAGCUGUAUUGCUAGGCCCCUGGACUACUGCAUUAAGCGGCCAGUUCCAGGCACCACAGUUUGAGAGACCUGAGCAAGUCAGGAGGCCACCCAAAGGAUGACAGCCAGAGUGACAGGCACUCUGGAAGCUGUAACAGGAACCUCUGACGGCUGAGGCUCUGGCCUAUAAGGAAGUCUUUAGAAUGAGCACAUGAGCUUACUCCAGAGUGCCUAGCUCAGGCCAACAGGCAGAAACUGGAGAGACAGAAUUUUUCUGUCAGUUUUAGAACUUUCAAAUAGAAUUGCCUCGUGAUCAAAUGGAUGCCUUCUGAGGUCUUGAGCGCUCAUCUCUAAAAGCGCUCCCAAGGGUGAGUCCCUGUAGCUCGGACUGGGUCAGUGAGAGAAUCCUUGCACUGUGGCAGGGUAUUGGUUAGGAUCUCCAAAGCUCCUUGCAAACGAGAGCGUCUGAGAACAGUUUAGUAAAAAAGAAAAAAAUACGAUUCUGUACUUGAACUUUUACACUGUUUUUGAGGAGGAGAGUAUUUGUUCCUUUUAACCUAUAUUCUGUCCCCUGUUCUUUCCUCCCUUCCUUUCUUCUCUGCCCACCACAGUUCACGGUCUCUUGAUUGUGGCCCGUGGCCAACAGCUACAACCAUCUUCAGCAGAACUUUCAGAAAUAUAUUUCUAGAGAUUUCCCUGAAACCACAUUGUCAACUAGCACAGUGAUCCUUACUUUUUGUUUUAAAUCUCUUAGUACCUCCGCAGAUUUAAGGAAGCUGAUGAGUAACAGUUCUAUUCUGUCCUUUGAGAAGGAUCUAUACAGGACCUGAUUCCUCAUGGUUUGUCUCUCCCUCUUCUGUGAAGACACACCGCAAUCUGCCCUUAGUUAAGGAGGGAAAGGGAGGGCACCACUGCUGUGUCUCUUCCUGACCCCACCUGCUUUAUGAAAGAUCUGUCCCGAAACAGGAAACAAGUGUAAGCUGGACACGCACCCCAGUCCUUGGGGUAGGCGGGGAGCCAUCUGUGUUUUUCUUACUUGUGUGUGUGUGUUUUCUCCCCAUUUCCUAAGUCAUCUUCACUUACUGAUAACCUUUUGUUUGAACCAGUCUUGUUUUUCCUCCCUAUGUCCUAUCGUGACUACUCAAAGAUACUGCUAAGUAGAAUCUCUCUGAGAAAAUAGGCCCUUCCCGCAGCUGGCACUUCUUUCUGUACCAGUUUAGGGACUUUAGUUAUAAAGUGGAAGACGUUACUUUGGUCAUGUUAAGAGUACUCUUUUUUAUACAUUUUUCUUGGCAAUCACAUUCCCAUCUUGCCUUCUGUUUCUCAUCCCAUACCUCUCCCAGCCUGGUUUUAUAACUGUUUGAAUUAUGUAUUCAAAAAACAAAACAACACAAAGAAAGAGCGUUCUAGUUCCCCAGGCCAUUAACUUAAAAAUAUUUGUUGAAAGGGUCUUCUGGGAGCCCCUGACCUGGGCUCGUGACUAGCACUUUCCGCAGCCAGCACUCCCUGGCUGCAAGAGAGCCAGACCUGUAACCCAGGCCCCAGGUAGCUUCCCAAGUCUGCGCUGCUCUGCUCUUCCCAGGAUAGAACCGGGGGCCAGAGCCUCUCUCCAUCUGAGGCAUCGCCGACUAUAGCUCUGUGGCUCCUUAAGCUCCUUAGACUAGAACAGCCUCCCUGGGGCCCAGGUCAGUCCCACCUUCCACACCAACCUGGGGGCCCCCAAGGCUCCUCUGAGCCAGGAGAGGGAGCUCAGGUGCCACACGUACUACCUCAGCACCAGCCGAGAGGCACUAUGCGGGCCCUAGAGUGUCCGAGGGACGCGCUCACGGUCUGGGCAGCUCCUGGAAACUGGCAUAAGCGAGCUCAGCCAUGGCCCCCUGCAGACCUGCCCGGGCCGCCCCGUGUGGGCUGUGCUCUGCACCAUUCCUGCUGGCGUGUGUGCAUUAGAGCAGUCGGGCCAUUGUGCCCUUCUCGCUUUAGCUCUGACUGAAACACACUGCACUCCAAACUGUGUAUCAACUAAGAAAUUAGAAUUGCUUGUUUACAAUAAGGGAGACCUUUUCUUAUUUUUUUCAAAAGGAAUUUUUGCUUCACAAGACACUCCAGAAAAUAAAUUCAUUAUUAUUAAUCUAGCAUAUGCUCAUUGAAUUUGACUCUUAGGCUUUGUUAAAAA